UGCACCUGUGCAGUGUAUGGCGUUGGGAGUGAGGGAUAACCGUGACAGGAUCAUGACCAUGUCUUUGUAUAUGAGCCAGUUAAAACGCUGACCCGGGGGUCUGAUGGGCCAGAAUGAGGCAUAUUCACUGGGGCAGUGGACCGGUCCAGACUACAAGUACACAUGUGGUUUGGGUUGGGCAAUAUUGGGCGGGGUGCUGGCAUGGGCAAGCAUUGGCGCGAUUGAUGGGGGUACGCUGCAAGGACUGUGUAUUCACAGUAGGAAAGUUUACUUUUCUAAGAAGCCUAGAAAAAUCACAGAGCGGGAACCGAGUACCAAGAAAGUGCGGGAACAUUCCACGACUGUGUUACUGUACAUGGUACGAUCUGCGGAGCGAUCUCAGUCUUUCCUGCAAGUCCGCUUUUUUGCUAAUUUUACCAACACAGCUGGAUCUUCCAAAGGACUCACGAUAAUACUUAAACUGGUAUACUGUGUCCUGUGGCACACCAUCCCGCCUGGGCAGUUAGGGAAGAUGGGGCCCUGGGGUUCUUUGAGGAGUUGCACAGUCAAAGGGCCUUGGCGCCGUGACAGCAAUGGUACGUCAUACGUCAUCCCGUAGGGUGCGGCACCGACACAGCGACUCCACUGAAUCAACAAAGACCAAG